UCAUAUUUCCUCUUCGUUGGUUAAAUGAAUUUUUGGUGUUGGUACAUGGAAACAUUUGUUUUUCUCUUCCUGAAGAGGUCUAGCCUACCCUAGGUUUUCCUUCCCAGCGAAUGAUGGGGGAUGCAGGAGGAUCCCUCUCCUCACUGGCCCCCAAAUGCCCCUCUCCUUGUUUUUCAAAUGAUUCCUCCACACUCAUCUUGGCUUCUCUGGAUUCUGUGCUUCUCCGUGGAGGAAGCCCAAAGAGGACUGACAAGUUCUUGCAGUUCUAAAACCAUGGCCCAUAUGUCCUUAGCAUUCAGAGAUGUGGCCAUAGACCUCUCCCAGGAGGAGUGGGAGUGCCUAGACCCUGCCCAGAGAGUCCUGUACAGGGAUGUGAUGUUGGAGAACUACAGCAACCUGAUCUCACUGGGAUGUUCCAUUGCUAAACCAGAGGUCAUUACUUUAUUAGAGCAAGAAAAAGAGCCCUGGACGGUAAUGAGAGAAGGGACAAGAAGUUGGUACACAGAUUUGGAGUCUAAGUAUGUCACCAAGAAGUUAUUUCUAGAAAAGGAUAUUUGUGAAAUAUAUUUAUCUCAAUUGCAGACAGUGGAAAAAAGUAAAGCCUACCUCCUUGAGGAUAACAUUUUCAGAAAUGAUUUGCAGUGUAAACAUAAAUUUGAAAGACAAGAAAGACAUCAGAUGGGAUGCCUUAGUCAAAUGAUAAUCCAAAAACAUGUAUCUCUUCCUCUACAUCAGAAAAUUCAUUCUAGAGAGAAAUCAUAUGAAUGUAAGGAAUGUAGGAAAGCUUUCCGACAACAGUCAUACCUUAUUCAGCAUCUAAGAAUUCACACUGGUGAGAGACCCUAUAAAUGUAAGGAGUGUGGAAAGGCCUUUUGUCGUGUGGGAGACCUUAGAGUGCAUCAGACAAUUCAUGCUGGGGAGAGACCCUUUGAAUGUAACGAUUGUGGGAAGACAUUUAGACUUCAUUAUCACCUUACUGAACAUCAGAGAAUACAUUCUGGUGUGAAGCCCUUUGAGUGCAAGGAGUGUGGGAAGGCCUUUGGUCGUAUUAGAGACCUCAGAGUACAUCAGACAAUUCAUGCUGGGGAGAGACCUUAUGCAUGUAAAGAAUGUGGGAAGGCCUUUAGACUUCAUUAUCAACUUACUGAACAUCAAAGAAUUCAUACUGGUGAGAGGCCUUAUGAAUGUAAGAUUUGUGGAAAGACCUUUAGAGUGCAACGACAUAUUAGUCAACAUCAGAAAAUUCAUACUGGUGUAAAACCCUAUAAAUGUAAUGAAUGUGGAAAGGCCUUUAGUCAUGUCUCUUACCUUGUUCAACAUCAGAAAAUUCAUACUGGUAAGAAACCUUAUGAAUGUAAAGAAUGUGGUAAGUCCUUUAGUUUUCAUGCAGAACGUACUCGGCAUCAGAGAAUUCAUACUGGUGAGAAACCCUAUGAAUGUAAAGAAUGUGGAAAAGCUUUUCGUCUUCAAACAGAACUUACUCGGCAUCAUAGAAUCCACACUGGUGAAAAACCCUAUGAAUGUAAGGAAUGUGGGAAGGCCUUUAUUUGUGGCUAUCAACUUACUUUACAUCUGAGAGCUCAUACUGGUGAGAUCCCCUAUGAAUGUAAGGAAUGUGGGAAAACCUUCAGUAGUCGCUAUCAUCUUACUCAACAUUACAGACUUCACACUGGUGAGAAACCCUACGGAUGUAAAGAAUGUGGGAAAGCCUUUCGUCUUCAAGCAGAACUUACCCGACAUCACAGAAUUCAUACUUGUGAGAAACCCUGUGAAUGUAAGGAAUGUGGGAAGGCCUUUAUUCGUAGCAAUCAACUUAUUUCACACCAGCGAAUUCACACCAAUGAGAACACUUAUGAAUGCAAGGAAUGUGGGAAGAUUUUUAGUCGUCGCUACAAUCUUACCCAACAUUAUAAAAUCCAUACUGGUGAAAAACCCUAUAAAUGUAAAGAAUGUGGAAAGGCCUUUCGUUUUCAAACAGAACUUACUCAGCAUCACAGAAUUCAUACUGGUGAAAAACCCUAUAAAUGUCAGGAAUGUGGGAAAGCCUUUAUUCGUAGCAAUCAUCUUACUCAACAUCACAGAAUUCAUACUGGUGAGAAACCCUAUGAAUGUAAGGAAUGUGGGAAGACCUUUAGUCGUCACUAUCAUCUUACUCAACAUCACAGAAUCCAUACUGGUGAAAAACCCUACAUAUGUAAUGAAUGUGGGAAUGCUUUUAUUUGUAGUUAUCAACGUACCUUACAUCAGAGAAUUCACACUGGUGAGAUUCCAUAUGAAUGUAAGGAAUGUGGAAAAACCUUUAGCCGUAGAUAUCAUCUUACUCAACAUUUUAGACUUCAUACUGGUGAGAAACCCUAUGGAUGUAAAGAAUGUGGGAAUGCCUUUCGUCUUCAAGCAGAACUGACUCGACACCACACAAUUCAUACUGGUGAGAAACCUUAUAAAUGUAAAGAAUGUGGGAAGGCCUUUAGUGUUAACUCAGAACUUACUCGACAUCACAGAAUUCAUACUGGUGAGAAACCGUAUAAAUGUAAAAAAUGUGGGAAAGCCUUUAUUCGUAGUGAUCAGCUUACUUUACAUCAGAGAAAUCAUAUUAGUGAGGAAACCCUAUGCAUAAUGUAAAGAGGACACAAUGGCCUUUAGAAAAUGCCUUGCCUUUCAUAACAGCAGAGAACCCAUACUUAAUUUUUUAAAUGUUUUACUUGUUAGGGAAAAUAUGGGACUCCCUUUUAUUUCAUACUCGAAUAGUUUUAUACAUACUGAUUUAGAGUUGAAAAAUUAUAAUGUCUACUCAGUCUUGUUUAAACUUGAGCAGACUGAUACUGGUGCAGUGCAUCUCAAACCAAGGUGAAGGACCUUUCCAAAACUGUAGUUGCCCAUUACCUUUAGAAAAUGCAAUAGAAUUGGAUUAUCAGAAAAAUGCAAUGGAAAGAAAGACAUACAAAAUGAAAGCCCCUAUUUUUUUUAUUACUGAAUUUAAUGGACAUCAAUUAGCUCUGUCAAAUUGCUGUAAAGGUUACUAAAUGCUCUCAGUGUCUAUGCACCUUACUUAACUCAUUGUAAACCAGAAGCAAUCUGUGCAACAUCAGUACAUGGAAUACACUUCAUAUAAUACUGUAACAAGAUAUUUGUUAAAGUAAUGAAUGUGGGAAAAGAUUUAUGCCACAGCACAUUUUUACUAUAAUUCUCAUAAUUCCACCUCUGCCUGUGUGGUAUUUGGCAAAACACUUCUCCCCUCUGUGCCUCAGUUUUAAAAUGGUGAUAAUAGUACCUACCAGUAGAAGGUUUGCAAGAAUGACGUUAAUAAAAACAAGACUUUUAGAAGAGUAUGUGCUUGAUAAAAGUUACUAUUAUCAUUACUGAAAUUAGUAAAUUCAUGUGAGAAGACCCUAUGAGUGUAAGGAAUGUGUAAGAACCUGUUACCUUUCACUCCUUACUUAGGCUGAAGUAAUUAGUUGUGGAUAAAAUCCAGUAAAAUAAAGCAAAUCUCCAUUUCUAAAAUCAAAGCCAAUCUCUGAAAACUAAUGUGACAAAGACUCCUCUAGAGUUUAUGAAUGUAAAGAUUACAAGAGGAAGGCUUUAAAAAAUUUUUUUAGAAUUUUGGUAUCAUUAAUAUACAAUUACAGAAAGAACAUUAUGUUUACUAGGUUCCCCCCUUCACCAAGUCCCCCCCAUACCCCCUUCACAGUCACUGUCCAUCUGCGUAGUAAGAUGCUGUAAAAUCACUACUUGUCUUCUCUGUGUUGCGCAGCCCUCCCCGUGCCCCCCCCACACUAUACAUGCUAAUCGUAAUGCCCUCUUUCUUUUUCCCCGCCCUUAUCCCUCCCUUCCCACCCAUCCUCCCCAGUUCCUUUCCCUUUGGUAACUAUUAGUCCAUUCUUGGGUUCUGUGAUUCUGCUGCUGUUUUGUUCCUUCAGUUUUCCUUUGUUCUUAUACUCCACAUAUGAGUGAAAUCAUUUGGUACUUGUCCUUCUCUGCUUGGCUUAUUUCACUGAGCAUAAUAUCUUCUAGCUCCAUCCAUGUUGUUGUGAAUGGUAGGAUCUGUUUUUUUCUUAUGGCUGCAUAAUAUUCUAUUGUGUAUAUGUACCACAUCUUCUUUAUCCAUUCAUCUACUGAUGGGACAUUUAGGUUGCUUCCGUAUCUUGGCUAUUGUAAAUAGUGCUGUGAUAAACAUAGGGGUGCAUCUGUCUUUUUCAAACUGGAGUGCUGCAUUCUUAGGGUAAAUUCCUAGAAGUGGAAUUCCUGGGUCAAAUGGUAUUUCUAUUUUGAGCAUUCUGAGAAACCUCCAUACUGCUUUCCACAAUGGUUGAACUAGUUUACAUUCCCACCAGCAGUGUAGGAGGGUUCCCCUUUCUCCACAACCUCGCCAACAUUUGCUGUUGUUUGUCUUUUCGAUGAUGGCCAUCCUUACUGGUGUGAGGUGAUAUCUCAUUGUGGUUUUAAUUUGCAUUUCUCUGAUGAUUAGCGAUGUGGAGCAUCUUUUCAUGUGCCUGUUGGCCAUCUGGAUUUCUUCUUUAGAGAACUGUCUAUUCAGCUCCUUUGCCCAUUUUUUAAUUGGAUUAUUUGCUUUUUGUUUGUUGAGGUGUGUGAGCUC